AUGGUUGAAUAUAAAAGUUUUUUGGACAUGCCUGCACCUGAAGGUUAUGUUCCAGGACUGGGUCGAGGCGCAACUGGAUUUACAACUAGAUCAGACAUCGGACCUGCACGAUCAGGAUUUGCAGAAGAUGCAUUGAAGUCUUCUGUGAAACAAGACGGGGAAAAUGAGGGAGAUGAUGAUGAAAGAUUUCAGGAUCCCGAAAAUGAUAGAGGUUUGUUUUCUUCAGCGACAAAUUUUGAGCCUGAAGAUGAGGAAGCAGACUCUAUAUACCUUGGCGUCGAUCAGAGAAUGAAUGAGCGACACCGAAACCAAAAUGAGGUAAGAGAAAAAGCUGAACAAGAUAUUUUUAAAAAAGAGGCGGCAAAGGCAUCUGAACGUUUCUCGGAUUUAAAACGAGCUUUGUCAACUGUCACUGAAGAUCAAUGGGAGAAUCUUCCAGAGGUUGGUGACUUGACAAGAAAAUACAAGCGACAACGCAAGCUUCAACAACAGCAAACACGUUUUUACAAUGUUCCAGAUAGUUUGUUGACAAAUUCUCAAAAUCAAGGAGAGAUUGAAGCAAGUAUAGAUCCUGGAAACCCUUUAGAAAAUGAGGGUGCAAUGACAGAUUUUCGCUCAAUUUCUUCUGCUAGAGAUAAAAUGCUUGGGAUGAAGUUAGACCAAGCUAGCACUGAAUCUAUAUUGUCAUUACCUACAAAACAUAAUGAAGUUGGAUUCAGUAAUGUUGAUCCAAAAGGUUAUUUAACUUCGCUUGCUGGUACAUCAUUGCCUGCUACUGGAAACAUCGGCGAUAUAAAACGGUCACGAGCAUUGUUGAAGUCUUUGGUUAUGUCAAAUCCACGAGAUCCCAGCGGAUGGAUAGGCUUAGCAAGAAUUGAAGAACUAUCUAACAGAAUUCAAAAAGCGUUAUCAGUGAUUGAGGAAGGCUGCAGAAAUAAUCCAAAAAGUGAGGAUGUAUGGAUUGAGAAUAUUCGCCUUAACGAAAUUAAUAAUCUUGAGCUUUCUAAGCGCAUUGCUGCAAGAGCUGUACAACAGCUUCCAAAAAGUAUCAAUUUAUGGAUGAAAUCUUACAUGCUUGAAAAAAAUCUGAAUUCUCAAAAGAAAGUUAUUCGAAUGGCUUUAGAAAAUAUACCUAACUCAGAUACCUUAUGGAAAACUGCCGUUCAAUUGGAAAGCGAUCCUUCUGAUGCCAGACUUUUAUUAAAAGAAGCUGUGAAUCGAGUUCCAUUAUCUGAAGAUUUGUGGUUGGCACUAGCGCGGCUAGAAACACCUCUAAACGCAAGAAAAGUUUUGAAUACUGCUCGUAAACAUUUAAAAGCAUCGAAGGCAGUUUGGAUUGCCGCAGGUAUUUUAGAAGAGCGUGAUAGUAAUAACAGGGAGAAAGUCAACAAGAUCAUUGAAAGAGGAGUUCGUAAAUUAGAUUCAGAAGGGUUUCUCCCUGACAGAACCCAAUGGAUUUCAGAAGCAGAGUUAUGUGAAAAAGAAAAUGCGCCUCUUACAUGUCAUGCCAUUAUUAAUGCAGCUAUUGAAAUUGGUCUUGAAAACGAAAAUAAAGAGAUGCUUCUUAUUGAUGAAGGACGUUCAUGUGUUAAACGAAAAAGCUAUGAAACUGCUAGCGCUAUAUAUGAAUAUGCCAUUACAAAAUUUCCAGAAUCAAAAAGACCAUGGCUAGCACUUUGCCACCUCAAAAAAGCACAUGGAAAUUUAGAAUCUUUAUUUUCUAUAUUAGAAAAGGCAGUGAAGGCUCAUCCGCACUUUGAAGAAUUUUGGCUCAUAUAUGCCAAUGAAAAAAGAUUAUCAGGCGAUAAUUUAGGAGCAAAGUUUAUUCUUCAACGAGCUUUUGAAAAAAAUCCAGACAAUGAAGAUAUUUGGCUUUCUGCUGUCAGCAUUGAAGCAGCAAACCAGGCAUUUGGAAAAGCUAGAUUGCUAUUGGAACGUGCAAGAACAGAAGCUGGAACAGAAAGAGUUUGGUUUAAAUCUGUCGUUCUUGAAAGACAACUUAAAAACAAUGUUGAUGCGUGUAGGCUAGUUGACGAAGGGUUAAAGAAAUAUCCUUUUAGCGAUAAACUAUGGAUGCAAAAAGGUCAAAUAUAUGAGACUCUUAACGAUAAUCGUCGUGCAUUAAACUUUUAUAGAAAUGGGCUCAAAGCUUGCCCAAAAUCCGUUCCGUUAUGGAUUUUAUUAGCCAAGACUGAAGAGCGAGUUGGUGAAGCUAUUAAAGCUCGUUCAGUUUUGGAAAAGGCGGCAUUGAAUAACCCGAAAAACGAACAAAUUUGGUAUUACCGAGUUACACUUGAAAAAAGAACUGGAAAUACAGCUCAAAUGAAGGUUCUUCUUGCACGGGCGUUGCAAGAACUACCAAGUUCUGGUUUGUUAUGGUCUGAAGCUAUACUAAGUGAACCAUUAAUUCAUCGUCGGUCUAAGAUAAGGGAAGCUAGUCUAGCAUGCCAGAAUGACCCAUUUCUUUUUAUUACGGUUGCACGAGAAUUCUGGAGAAUGGAAAAGUACAGCAAAGCAAAAACAUGGUUUGAACAAAGUAUUCAAAUAGACCCAGAUAAUGGUGAUGCAUGGAUGUGGUAUUAUAAAUUUCUUCAAAGCCAAUUAUCAUCAGUAUCUUCAUUGGAUAUCGAAAAAACUGUUGAAAAAAUUUUAAAUGAUUUUAAAAGCAUUGAGCCUAAACAUGGUCAAAUCUGGCCAUCAUUUUUCAAAGAUCCAAACAAUUUUGGUAAAUCUCGAAUUGAUAUACUAAAACUUUCUAUCUCUUCUCUGGACUUCGUAUAA